AUGACUAAAUUUGAGACUCGACUCUUCAUCAAUAACGAGUACGUCGACUCCAAGUCUGACAAGAGAAUCAGCGUCCACAACCCUAUCGACGGUUCGUUGGUUUCAAGCGACGUUCAUGUAGCUGGCCCACAAGAUGUCGACGACGCUGUAGAUGCAGCCCAGGCAGCUUACAAUGGGUCCUGGAAGACCUUCACAGCUGCUCAGCGAGCGGAAUGUAUGGUGAAGCUUGCUGACCUAAUUGACGCCAAGGCAAAGGAAUUAGCUGUGCUCGAAACAAUCGCUAUGGGCCAGCCCACCAGCAUUGCUGUCAAUAUCACCAAUAUGAUGAGCGGGCUCUUCCGCUACUAUGCCGGAUGGACUGACAAGAUUCGCGGCGAGCAAUUGCCUCCUGAGGGAGGCGUCUACAAGAUCAUGAGCCACCACCCGUUUGGUGUUGUCGCUGGUAUCAGUGCCUGGAAUGGCUCUUCGGUACAACUCGGUCUGAAGAUAGCUCCCGCAGUAGCUGCAGGGAACACGAUCGUUUACAAGAUAUCCGAAAAGUCUCCGUUGGGUAUGCUCCAGCUCGGGCAUAUGAUCAAGGAAGCUGGAUUCCCACCUGGCGUUAUCAACAUCCUCAACGGCGCAGGAGAAACUGGUUCUCUUUUGGCAUCGCACAUGAAGAUUCGCAUGAUUUCCUUCACUGGAUCUGGCUUCACGGGAAGAAAGAUCUCUGAGGCGGCAGCGAAGUCCAACUUGAAAAAGGUGGCACUAGAACUCGGCGGAAAGUCACCCGUUCUUGUGUUCAACGAUGCCAACACGGAAAAGGCAAUUGAGUUCUGCACUACAAUGUUCCUCUUGAACUCUGGUCAAGUGUGCGCGGCUCCAAGCCGAGUCUAUGUCCAGCGAGACGUUGCGGCAUCAUUCAUUGAGGGCCUCAAGACACGAUACUCAGAAGUUACUUCUGGUGUGGGAGCCGACCCCAGGGAGUCUUCGACCUUUAUGGGCCCACUUGCGGAUAGUAUCCAAUUUGAGCGUGUAAUGAGCUUCAUUGACUCUGGUAGCAAGGAAGCUGAGCUUGCGGUUGGUGGGCACCGUGUAGGCGAGAAGGGAUACUUUGUCGCCCCGACUAUCUUCAUCAACCCCAAGCCCGGCGCUAAGAUUUUGAACGAAGAAAUCUUCGGCCCAGUCUUGACGGUUAUCACUUUUGACACUGAAGAAGAGGCUGUCGCACUAGCCAAUGACACGGAGUACGGACUCGCUGCUUAUGCCUGGACCGAAUCGCUGUCUAGAGGCUUGAGAAUGUCGGAUCAGCUUGAAGCUGGUGUUGUAGGUAUCAAUGGAGGUUCACUGGGUGUUAUUCCUUUCAUGUCCGUGGGUGGAUUCAAGCAAAGUGGAACUGGCUCGGAGUCUGGAUAUGAAGGUAUCAAGGAGUAUCUCCAGACCAAGUCCACUUUGAUCGCUUUGAAUUGA